UUCUAGCACCGUUUUAGACCUAUUAGUGCAUCGCAUCCUUACGGCUAAGCGACGUACGACGGCACCAACCGAGGCUACUGUGUACCUAGGGAUAUAUGUAAGGAGGCCUCUCUCAAGUUGAAAAUAGCUAUCUGCCUAAAGCUUUAUUAAAUCUCAUAAUCGUAAUAGUAUGAGCUUUCGCCGGGCGUCAUUAUUAUCUUAAAAAUAACAUCAAUACGCUUCAUUUGGUCCUACUAAAUCAUGGCCGAGUCUCAAACAAAAGACGGGUCUUUCGACUUCGACGUUAUCAUAAUAGGAGCAGGAAUAUCCGGUAUCAAUACGGCGUAUUAUCUUCAUUCCCAAACACCAUGGCUUUCCUAUACCAUCUUAGAAGGGCGAAGCCGUAUCGGUGGCACAUGGGAUCUUUUCAAUUACCCUGGUAUACGAUCUGAUUCAGAUAUGACUACUUUCGGUUUUUCGUGGAACCCAUGGAAUAGAGAGGAAAGGCUUGGCACCGCGGAUCAGAUCCGAUCGUAUAUGAGAAAAUCCGCUGCUAAAUACGGCAUCGACAAGAACAUCCGCUGUGACAGAAGAGUUCUCUCUGCUAACUGGAGUACGAAAUUCAAAUUCUGGACGCUUAUUGUGGCCGAUAACCAGGGAGUCACUCAGACGUAUCGCACAAAAUUCAUAGUUCUCGGUACAGGGUACUAUAAUUAUGACAAAGCCCAGAAGACCACAAUUCCAGGAUUGAGCAACUUUACUGGCACGGUGGUUCAUCCUCAAUUCUGGCCAGAACAAUUUGAUUAUUCGGGAAAAGAUGUAGUAGUUGUCGGGAGCGGAGCGACAGCUGUUACGCUAAUACCCUCAAUCGCCGAGAAGGCAAAGAGCGUCACAAUGCUUCAACGGAGCCCGGGGUACAUUGUCGCUCGGCCAAUGUACGCUGGGAAGGAAACUGGCUUCAUACCAUUCAUUCAAGCACGUCUCCCCUCGGCAGCUGCGAAAUGGCUCAAGAGAAUACGUGUUGUCAUUAGCAGCACGAUAUCGUACUUCUACUGCAUAUAUUUCCCAGAAAAGGCAAGAUUAAUGCUGCGAAAAGCAACCAUUAAACUACUCCCAGAGAGUAUUAGCUGGAAUCCACACUUCAAUCCGCAAUACAAUCCUUGGCGACAACGCAUGUGCCUUUGCCCCGAUGGUGAUUUCUACGCCGCUCUCCGUUCUGGGAAGGCCAAUGUCGUCACCGAUCAGAUUGAAACUGUAACAUCAACUGAGAUACAGCUCAAAUCGGGAAGGACUUUACAGCCUGAUGUCAUUAUUACUGCAACAGGGCUGCAGCUGCAAUUUGCCGGCGGGAUUGAAAUCGAGGUCGACGGUCAAAAGAUCGACUAUAGUCAAAAGUAUACCUGGAAGGGUACCAUGAUCCAAGACAUACCAAAUCUGGCGUUCGUCGUAGGGUACGCCAACUCGUCAUGGACGAUGGGCGCAGAAGCCAUGGGACAACUCCUCGUACGGGUACUCCGUCGCAUGAAGAAGCGAAACGCCUCCAUGGCUGUACCCCGCCUUGAUGGUACACAGGGCACACAAGACAAGCCCGUAUUCGAUCUAUCGUCGAAUUACGUCAAGCAUGCUAACCAGAUGUUUCCAAGGGCCGGAAACGGACAUUGGGAUUAUCGACGCAAUUAUCUGGUUGAUAUUCUUAAAGCGCAGUUUGGUGAUAUCACGAAGGGUUUGCAGAUCGAAUGAAGAUGCCUUGGGGUCUUGUAAGAUAAUUGAGGAGGUAAUAAUAAUAAUUGAGCGUAAGAGGCGUUUUUAAUGAAACAUGGGAUGGUUCACACAUUUAUAAAUUAUUUUCUUUAUACUCCACCAACAGUCCACCAAUAACUACUCGUUACCCCUAUUUCAAUGUUACACCAUACCUAGGUAGUGAUCAUGCUCCGGCGCCACAGUUUCGGACUCUGUACCUGCGUAUGUAUUACCUAGGCACUCAAUAAAUAGCGAUACAGGCGAAAAUGACAGCAUCCACUUCCUAUAUCGGUGGUGGUAGUAACGCGACAUACGCGACACUAAACUCCAUUGUAUACAAUACACGGUGAAGUUCGGUGAGAUCGGUACUUAGUAAUGCACGAGAACCUUCCUAUAGUCGGCUUUAUCGCGACUGGUUCCUAAAUCCC